CCUAAACAACCUGGAGAUGACGGAAAUAAGCAAACCAAAUAUAUUAAUUACCGGCACGCCCGGCGCCGGCAAAUCGUAUUUGUGCGAGCGUUUGGCCACACAAUUGAAAUUCAGCUGGCUGGACUGCUCGAAAAUUGCAAAGGAAAAUAAUUUCAUUGAGGAAUAUGACAAGGAAUACGAUUGCCCCAUACUCGAUGAGGAUAAGCUUAUGGAUUAUCUGGAGCCGCUGAUGGCCAACGGCGGCAACAUUGUCGAAUACCAUGGCUGUGAUUUCUUUCCGGAGCGCUGGUUCCAGGCCGUCUUCGUUGUUAAAUGCCCCAACGAGACGCUCUACGACAGACUCAAGGAGCGCAACUAUAAUGAGAAAAAGCUAACAUCCAAUAUACAAUGCGAAAUAUUCGGCACAAUAUUGGAGGAAGCGCGCGAAUCGUAUAAAGAGGAUAUCAUUUACGAGUUGAGCGGCGAAACCAAGGCGGAUGCCCAAAAUAGCCUAAAAACAGUUAAAAAUUGGUACAGCAUGUGGAAGCGCAAGUAAAAACGUGACAACAAA